UGUCUCUCAUACCCGGCUAUUUGACCUAACCAAAACUUAAACCGUUCUCUUCUCUGUUCUUAAAUCGAUCAUCUUGUUCGUUAUCGAGCGAUUUCGAUGAAGACAAAUUCGUUUGGUCAAUUAGCUAAUUGGAGUAAUAUAAACAAUUAGCAAAUGAAAUCAAGUGCUGUGAAUAUCAAUAAAUUAAGUAUUAUCAGUUAUAAAAAUAAAGUGUGUUUAUGCUGUUUAUAAUCUUAUUUUGAUAACAAAAACAAAAAAAGGAUAAGAUUUGGAGGGGGUUACUAAAGCAAUUUCGAAGCUUGUACUUUGAGUAUGUUAUAGUGAAAAAAAUUGAACAUUUGUUAUUGUAAAAAACAAGUAUUGAUUUUUAUAAAAACUAGUUAAAAAUAUUUAUGAUAAAAACAAGAAUAUCAUGCAACAAUGCAUAUAAUUUUUUAUUUGUUUGGUAAUUUAUACUUGUUCUAUAAUGUCUCAAGCUAUCGGCGUAUCGAAUUCUUGACACAAGAUAAUUAAAAUAUUAUAAACAUUUCUCAAGUACAUGAAGAUGUAUGCACUUCCUAUUCGAUCGGCUUGUCCUGGAGAGGACAAGGAUCCCGAGCCAAUACAAAAACGUCAAGAAGUGUCACGACCACUCCUCCAAGAUUAUAGUAAUUUUGAUAUCGUUAAAGCAACACAGUAUGGCGCAUUAGAAAGAGUGACCGAACUUGUAGAAGCCGGAGCCGAUGUAAAUCAACCUGAUUCAGAAACAGUAACACUUCUGCACUGGGCUGCAAUCAAUAAUCGUACAGAGAUUGUCAAGUAUUUAAUAGCAAAAGGAGCUAAUGUUGAUGCUAUUGGUGGAGAAUUAGCAUCAACUCCACUUCACUGGGCAACAAGGCAAGGUCAUUUAUCAACCUUUGCCAUUUUGAUGAGAGCUGGUGCUGAUCCAACUCUUAGAGACUCAGAAGGUUUCGCCUGUAUCCAUUUAGCUGCACAAUUCGGUCAUACUGGAAUAGUUGCUUAUUUAGUAGCAAAAGGAAUUAAUCCUAAUGAUCCUGAUAGAAGUUCUAUGACUCCAUUAAUGUGGAGUGCAUUCAAAGUCAAUCGUCAAAAUUACAAUUGUUUCUUCAGCUUAGAUCCUACAAGACUUCUCCUAGUGUUGGGUGCCAGUCAUUCUUUAACAGAUAUUAUUCAUGGAAAUACUGCGUUACAUUGGGCUAUCAUAGCUAAAAAUAACACGGCAAUCCAUACAUUAAUUACUCAUGGUGCAUCACUGGAUGUACCGAAUUCUCAACAUGAAACACCAAUGACAUUAUUACGUCCACAUAUUGGUGCUGAGUGGUUAGGGCCAACAAUUAGUCAAGAAAUAAGAGAACGAUUAGGAAGAACUAGAGCUUGGUGUAGAGAUAAGCGAAUAAGGUGGUAUUGUAUGGUUAGCACGCCUUUUAUAGUGUUUUAUUUAAUUGGUAUGAUUUUCCAAAGCAAUCUGGAUUAUCUGAUAAAAUUAGGUGCCUUUUUAAUUCUUUACAUUGCGGUUUACCUCGCUAAGAAUUACCUCUUUGACGACAGAUUAUUUCACAUUCUUCCUAUGUCUAUUUACUUAGCUACCAAGAUGUGGAUUUAUGUAACCUGGAUUUUUUGGCUAGGAAUUCAUGCUGCUUGGUACCUUUGGUUACUUAUUGUUGUAGGUUCAGUACCACUAUGGAUAUGUUUUUUGCGCUCUUGGCGAGGUGAUCCAGGUAUUAUAUCAGCUACUCACGAAGAUAAACUAAACACCAUUGUUGAAUUAGCAGAAACUGGAGGUUUUGAACCUCACGGGUUUUGUACUAGUUGUUUAGUAAGACGACCAAUAAGAUCGAAACAUUGUUCAACUUGUGAUCGUUGUGUUGCUCGAUUCGAUCAUCAUUGUCCUUGGAUAAAUAAUUGCAUCGGGGCACAUAAUCAUAAAUACUUUUUAGGAUUUCUUAUUUCACUUCUUGGUUUAUGUAUUGUCGUACUUUCUGCAAGUGUUCAAUACUGGCAAUUUGAAUGCUGGUCUAAUUUAACCGAUGAACAUAAAGGAGAUAAUUACUUUGUAGUGACAGCAAAAUGCGAUGCCUGGGUGAUGUGGGUCGCUGCGAAUACGGGUCUUCAUGCAUUAUGGGUUGGAGCUCUUUUGUUAUGUCAACUAUAUCAGAUUAUGGUUUUAGGUAUGACAACAAAUGAACGAAUGAAUGCGGGUCGUUAUGAACAUUUUAAACACGGUAAUCCUUUUCAUCGUGGCGCAUUACAAAAUAUUGCAGAUUUUUGUAAUUUAAAUUUUUGUGGAAUUAAAGCUAGACCAAGUUCCGAUUGGCUUCAUAGUUUUGAGAUAAAACAGAGCGUGGAAAAAUUGCCGCUACUUAAUGCUAAAGAUCCUUUUCAAUACGUAUAAAAAAUUAAAUUUUGUGAUAAAAACAAUUCAUUUUUUGUGGAAUUUAUUGAAUUUUUUACAUUUCUUUUUGUUUUGAUUCUUCUUAGAAACGUGAAUAUUUUUAUUCUGAAUAGUGUGAUUGAUUUUUUCUCCGAUAACGGAUUUGUUAUUUAGAUAAGUUAACUAAAUUACAUAAAUCAUGGAAAAAAAUAUUUUAUCUCUUUCCAUAUCCAUGACUAGACGUAUUUAUUAUUGUCUGUGUUACCAAAGAAUUUAGUUCCUAAAAAUAUAUCAAUUUAAUUAUUACUAAAUAAAAAACUUAACAUGCAACAAAAACAAUAAU